AUGAAAGGCACCAUUUUAAGCAGAAAAGAAAAACGGAAACUGGAAAGGACGCAAAAAAAAAGGAAUAAACUACUUUUUUCAAAUAAAAAAAAGAAAUUCAAAAGAAAUGAUAAUACAAAUGAAGAAAUGCCACUUAAAAUACAUAAAAAUGUAAAUAACCAUGAAAAAGGAAAACAAAUGAGAGAUACAAAAAAUGAUUCGAUUGAAAAAAGUUCGAUCAAAGGUAAUAAGAAAAAGAGAAACUCUUAUUCUAAUGAUUUAAGUGAUGCAUUCCAAAAAAAGAAAGCCAAAAAGAUGAAUAGGAGUAUACGUGAUUUAGACGAAGAUCAAAAAAAGGACGAAUAUUUGCUAUCAUAUUUAUCUAAAAAGUUAAAAAUAAAUAAUAACAAGCAUAAUGAGGAAAAACUUUUUAAUGAAUUAACAAAAGAUGGGUUUGAUUCAAAUUUGUUAAAGUUGACUGAUAUUAUUUUUGAUGAUUUUCAAAAGAAACGUUCCAAUAAAAAGGGGAAUAAAAAACUAAAAAAUAGGAAGGAAGCAAAGGAAGAAGAAGAGGAAGAUGAGGAGGAAGAAGAUGAGAAUGAAGAGGAAGAAGAUGAGGAAGAGGAAGAGGAAGAUGGGGAGGAGGAAAUAGAUGAAGAUGAAGAAGAUGAGGAGGAAGAUGAGGAGGAGGAAGAGGAAGAGGAAGAUGAUGAGGGGGAAGAUGAGGAGGAGGGAGAAGGUGAAGAAGACGAAGUAGAUGAGGAGGAAGAUGAGGAGGAAGUAGAUGAAGAAGAUGAUGAGGAGGAAGAUGAGGAGGAAGUAGAUGAAGAAGAUGAUGAGGAGGAAGAGGAAGAGGAAGAUGAUGAGGGGGAAGAUGAGGAGGAAGAUGAGGAGGAAGUAGAUGAAGAAGAUGAUGAGGAGGAAGUAGAUGAAGAAGAUGAGGAAGACGAGGAAGAGGAAAUAGAUGAAUAUGAAGUAGGUGAAGCGAAAAAAACGCAAACGAAAGGAAUUGCGAAAAAGGAAAAUUAUACGAAGAAAAGGCAAGUAAACUACAAAGAGGAAGAAAAAAAAAUCGAAAAGUUUCUUAUGUUGUCAUUAAAUAAAACAUCGGAAUUUAAUAUAAAAUGUAUUAUAGAAGAUAUUUGUAAAUAUUUUCAUGACAUAAAAGAUUCAAAUUUAAAAUUAACUUUUGUUAAUUCCCUUGUUAAAAUAAUAUCAAAUAAUUUCAAAAAUGCAAAUAUUACAGACACACAUAUAUACAUAUUUGUAGUUAUGGUGUGUGUAUUAAAUAAUUUGACUUAUCGAAAAUUAUUGAAAGAUUUUUUAAAAGAAUUAGUUAUAAUUUUUAAAACAUAUUUCAAGAACAACAUUAAUUUGAUGAAACGUGUAGAAAGAGAGAAUGAAAUAAUAAAUAUUAAUCUAAUAAAGAAUGAAGAAAAUGGUAAAAAAAAUAAUACAAUGAUUAAAAUUACCACAAACACAGAAAAUGAGGAGAUAAAUGAUGCAUAUGAUAACAAUAAUAAUGUUGAGGGUCCUAAUAAAUUCGAAAAACAAUCAUUGGAAGAUAAAUCAAUUAGUCAAUCUGAAUAUGAUAAAUAUCAAGAUUUUAAAAUAAUUUUAAGAAACUUAUUAAAGUGUUUUAGUUUAUUUUAUGCUUUAAAUUAUGUCGAUUUUGAUUUCAUAACAGAUAUAAUUAACGUCUUAUGUGAAUAUAUAAGUAUUAAUAGUGUAGAUAAUAUAAUUAUAAUUUUAAAAAUAUGUGGAUUGAAAUUAAAAAAUGAUGAUGUUUCUCAUUUAAAUUAUAUUACAGAUCAUUUAAAAAAAGAAGUUGAUAAUUAUAUUUUAAAAAAUAAUAUAUAUUUAGAAAAAAGUAAACUUCGAUUUUUGAUUAAGGAUAUAGAAGACUUAAAAAAUGGAAAAAUGAAAUUUUAUUUUUUAAAUAGAUUUGAAUUCCUUUCUAAUAUAUUAAACGAAUUUGAAAAGAAAUAUGAGUUUAAAAAGGAUAUUGUAUCAUUUUCUUUUCAAAAUAUGUUCAAAAAAGAUGAUAAAACAAAGAGAAAGACAAACGAAUUAAACAUGACUACAGAGGGAGAAAACGAAAGUGAUGAUACCAAUGCAAAUGGUGAAAAAAAUAAAUCCUACGAAAACAAUAAUAGUAAUAAAUAUGAAAAAAAAAACAUGAAAGAAAACAAUUUUAAUAAAUUGAAUUACUUAGUUGGAGAGGAAGAAACUAACUCGAAUGAACUCCACUACAAUAAAAUGCUAAAAAAAUAUAAAAUACAAGGAAUAUUAUCUAAAAAAAUAUUUUUAAUUGUUAAAAAUAGUUUAGAUAUAGAAGAAUGUGUUCAUAAUUUAUCCGUAAUAUUAAAAAAUGAAAAAAAUAUACCUCAUGUUAUUCAGACAAUUAUACAAAUAAUUUUAUAUGAUAAAAAAUAUAAAGUUGCUUAUUGCAGAAUAUUAAGUAAUAUAUCAAAAUUUAAAAAUAGAGUAUUCUUAUUCAGUUUAAAAACAAUUGUUAUUAAUUUUAUUAAAAAUAUUAAUAAUUAUGAUUUAAAAAAAAUACUGUUUUUAAGUAAGCUAUUUAUCUUUUUAUUAAAAGAAAAUUUGAUUAAUUUCAAAAUUUUUAAAUUCAUUAAUAUAGAUGAAAAUGAUGAUCAAACAGAACAAAAAAAUAAUUCAACUGCCUUUAAUUUGCAUUUUUUUUUUAAAACUAUUUUUAUACUAAUAUCGAUUGACGAAAAAUCUACUGACCCAUCAAAAAAUGCUCAAUUAUGGGAAAAUAUAUCCCAAGUUUUACACAACGGCCAAAUUAGUAGUUCCUACUUUUAUUCGUUUAAGAAAAUUAUUAAGAAAUACAUAUUUGAUGAAGAAGAAAAUAUUAAAUGUGUAUAUCCACAUUUUAACAUGAAAUAUAUACAAUGUUUUCAUAAAUUUUUAGAAAAAAAAACAAAAAGGAAUAUAUAG